CAUGUUUUGGCGCGUCCACUUUUGUUUGUAAAUUCUAAUGACGGGUACUAAUAAAUAACUUAUGCGCGCAGAUGUCUACGAGGGGCAUUAGAUUUAAUUUUUCAGUAGGGGAGUUAGUACUUUGUUUUGAACCAGAUCCGACGAAAGCAAGAGUUUUGUAUGAUGCAAAGGUGUUGGAUUGCCAGGUAACCAAGGACAAACAUGGCCACAGAAUUGCUGCCUACCACAUUCACUUUCAAGGAUGGAAUAGCAGCUGGGAUCGCAUUGUUGGGGAAAACUACAUUCUAAAAAACACAGAAGAAAACAGAACCUUGAUGAAGAAACUUGCAGACACAGCUAAGAGAUACACUUUUUCUGGCAGUCGUAAAAACAGUCAGCGUCGGAGGAAGAUAGAUGACAUCUUAAGUUCAUCAUUCCGAGGAAAGAUCCCCAUCCUGGACAGUGAUACCGACGACAGCGACAACAGCGGAGAUGAUGAUGACAAUGAUGGGGAAGAUGGUGACGAUGAUGGGAGAUCAUCUGGUGAUGAUAGUUCCAAUGAUACGGCCAGUGAAACAAGAGAACGUCGCAGGGCUACUCACACACCAGUGGACAUUGAUAUCCCAGACAUACUGAAGAGCCGACUGGAGGAUGACUACGUCGCCAUUAUUCACGGGGACAAGCUGACGAAGCUGCCAGCCAGUCCGUGCGUCAUCGAGGUGUUGGAGGGCUUCAUGAAGACGUUCUGCGUCAACCUGCUGUGUGAGCCCAGCGAGAAGGAGAAGGAGAGUCGCCGCAACAACAACAACGGCCACGAACACACCAUGCUCUGUCCUCCAGCCAUCAGCAUUGCACUGUGUAAGGAGCUUGUGGACGGGCUGAGGAUCUGCUUCGACUUUACAAUCUCAAUCAUCCUGCUGUAUGAUGUGGAGCGUGACCAGUACGACCAUGUCAUGAGCACCAUCAAACCUCCGGAGAGUAAGAAGGAAGAAAAGCCGACAAGUUCAACGUCCUCUGGUGGCACUGAGGAACCCGCAGCCAAAAAACAAAAAGGAGCAACAAAACAAAGUAAACAUUCAGAGGAGUUUGACAAUGUGGAGCUCUCACCGCGAAGAAUCACACGAAGAUCUGUCACCCAUGACGACGCUCCAUCCUCGCCCACCAUCUCGUCCACCGUCGCCGUCAAGCAUGAGAGGAAGAAGGGCUGGAGGGGGCGAGGAGGUGGAGGAAGGGGAGGUCACUCUUCUUCUCAUGUUGUGAAAUCGGAACCUUUAAGUGACAGUGACAUGGGUGGUUCUGACUCAGCCCCUCCCCUCGCAGGGAAUCCACCUGUCCCGGGGAGCUGCAGUGGCAGCAAGGAUGGAGCUUCGGAACAUGGAUACAGGAAGGAAGACUUUCUAGAAAGUGUGUUGUCAUGGCAACUGUUUCCUCUGGAUUCCCGGUCAAAAUUUGAUAUCACGCCUUCACAGAUAUAUGGUGUUAACCAUUUUCUCAGACUUUUUGUGAAGUUGCCCGAGAUUCUGAACAAAAUGGAUAUGGAGGACUGCAAGAUGAGAACCUUGAUGAAACUCAUCCACCAUCUUCUCAGAUACCUGGUGGAGAGGCAGGAGGACUUGUUCGGGGACAUUGUGUACGUGGACAGGUAGCGUCCGCUGCAGCUUCACUCCACCCCCGACAUGGCUGGCACAUCAUCACCCAGUGAUGUGACAGGUGACGCUGACAAUCUACCUAGUGACCCCGACUCAGCAGUCACUGGCCUGGAUUGUACUUCCUGUCACAGCAACUUGUGGUUAACUUUUCAAAAAAGAAAAUAUAUUAAAAAUAAAUGUUUGAAAAACCAUUCCAGUUUGGUGAAAAGAACUUGAUGUCUUGAUCAGUUUCUGUGUGAAAACAUUCUGUUGGAAGGAGUUGAGGGUCUAAGUGAGCACACAUUCAUCCUUGUUUUUGAAAACUGUGUUUGAAGUUCGGAACUUUUCAGUUGUAAAAUGUCUGAAGGAUGCAAAAACUUUUGAGAAAGCAAAGUGAGUUGAUUAUUCCCAGGGCCAAUGGUGUUCAGCAUGUUGAGUAAGAUGUUACUAUUCUGAUGUGCAGUAGGACUACUACACAGUUUUGGAUUCAAGAUGAGCUGAAACUACAGUAUGUGAGACAAGACUUGUUUCAAGCAUAGAAGCUUCAGUAAGACUUCCUGUGGAAAUUGUUAUCGAAGGAUGUUGGCUUGAUUGACAUGUUUGAAAAUGAAAAUGAAAAUCCAUUUGUUUGUCCUGUGGACAUGUAUUUAGUUUAGUAAUCAUUUGUUUAGUGAUGUGAUCUUGACUCUCUAUACUAUAAAACUAUACUGCCUUGUUAACACUGUUGCUGAAACCAAAUAAUGUCUUGUGUUGAGUUGGUGGCAGCGCACAAUGUUGCUACUGCCGAGGUGUCGAGGACUUUCAGGUCCCAAUACCAGAUCAACAUGGGUUAAAGGUGUAUGUAGUGUCUUGUCAUAGACAUGUGCACAGGUGGCCCAGCUGUCCAAGGUCUCACAAUUCGCUGUGCUUGUGGGCUUGAUUCUCAAAUUCGCACUGAUCUUGGUCAGUCAUACCUGUGAUUGUGGCUUCACCCUAGCAGUAAACGGCUCAACACCUGCAUCACCUCAGGCUGCACUCCCACCUCAAGUUAACACACUGGGAUCUUACUAACAUACCCUUGAAAACCGUUUUAAACUAAUCUCACUUCUGGACACAUAUUUCCUGUUUUAUUAGUACAAAGGGAGAAUAUUAUAUUCCAGGGGGAGACAAAUACAGUUUUUCAGAAGGUUUCAACUGCAGAACAUUAAGUCUUUAUAUCUCAAAUACUCUUAUCACAUUUCUGUGAUUCUCACAAACAAACUCAGUCAAUUUAGUCAUUCAGACCACCUCCAUUAAAGUUACUGGACCUGGUCAGUGUGUUUGCAGGCAUACAUCAGGAUGACCAGUGUAUUUGUCUCAUCCUGAAGCUACUAAUGGGCCUCUGUGUCAACAUGGGGAUGGUGGCAGCAGCUUAUACUCAUGAAUCAAACUUAGUUCAUCUUGUCUUUGUUGUUAAAAAUGUUGCUUCUUUUUAUGACAUGUUCAGAUCUUGUUAUGCAGAGUGUCUUACAUUGAUGACACAGUGAGUCUUACAUUGAUGACACAGUGUCUUACAUUGAUGACACAGUGAGUCUUACAUUGAUGACACAGUGAGUCUUACAUUGAUGACACAGUGUGUCUUACAUUGAUGACACAGUGUGUCUUACAUUGAUGACACAGUGAGUCUUACAUUGAUGACACAGUGUGUCUUACAUUGAUGACACAGUGUCUUACAUUGAUGACACAGUGAGUCGUACAUUGAUGACACAGUGUGUCUUACAUUGAUGACACAGUGUGUCUUACAUUGAUGACACAGUGUGUCUUACAUUGAUGACACAGUGAGUCUUACAUUGAUGACACAGUGAGUCUUACAUUGAUGACACAGUGUGUCUUACAUGAUGACACAGUGAGUCUUACAUUGAUGACACAGUGAGUCUUACAUUGAUGUCACAGUGAGUCUUACAUUGAUGACACAGUGUGUCUUACAUUGAUGACACAGUGAGUCUUACAUUGAUGACACAGUGAGUCUUACAUUGAUGACACAGUGAGUCUUACAUUGAUGACACAGUGUGUCUUACAUUGAUGACACAGUGAGUCUUACAUUGAUGACACAGUGUCUUACAUUGAUGACACAGUGAGUCUUACAUUGAUGACACAGUGAGUCUUACAUUGAUGACACAGUGUGUCUUACAUUGAUGACACAGUGAGUCUUACAUUGAUGACACAGUGAGUCUUACAUUGAUGACACAGUGUCUUACAUUGAUGACACAGUGUGUCUUACAUUGAUGACACAGUGUGUCUUACAUUGAUGACACAGUGUCUUACAUUGAUGACACAGUGUGUCUUACAUUGAUGACACAGUGAGUCUUACAUUGAUGACACAGUGUCUUACAUUGAUGACACAGUGAGUCUUACAUUGAUGACACAGUGAGUCUUACAUUGAUGACACAGUGAGUCUUACAUUGAUGACACAGUGUGUCUUACAUUGAUGACACAGUGAGUCUUACAUUGAUGACACAGUGAGUCUUACAUUGAUGACACAGUGUGUCUUACAUUGAUGACACAGUGUGUCUUACAUUGAUGACACAGUGUGUCUUACAUUGAUGACACAGUGAGUUUCCUGUAUGUUGCCUAUGAGCCAUGGCCUAUUUCUACAAAUGUUAUGACUGUGACUGCAUCCGACUGUAGCUCAGUCAAGAAGUCAUAUGUCGCUCUAUACAUGUUAGGGAUGUCGCCAUACACUUAUGUUAGGGACGUCACCAUACACUUAUGUUAGGGAUGUCGCCAUACACUUAUGUUAGGGGUGUCGCCAUACACUUAUGUUAGGGGUGUCGCCAUACACUUAUGUUAGGGGUGUCGCCAUACACUUAUGUUAGGGGUGUCGCCAUACACUUAUGUUAGGGGUGUCGCCAUAAACUUAUGUUAGGGGUGUCGCCAUACACUAACAUUAGCAUGAUUAGGGAUGUCGCCAUACAGGAAAUAAGAGCUGUCCUCAUAUAACUAUACUCCAGUGUUAGGGCUCUUGGAUGCAUUUAUUUAUGUGUCGGAAACUAUCAUCUUGAGGUCAAUUCUUCAGUGAAGAAUACCCUGAACAAAGUGUAGUGAUUAAUUUUUCUAAAGUGACAAACUGUCUAUUUUCAUUUUAGUUGUGAUUAAUAUUUACCUAUCACUUGUUUCUUUAUGGGGCCAAUCUAACCUAGAUACAAGUAUUGCGAUUUCUACAAUCAUUCAUGUCAUUGUCUUGACUCAAGGCAUCAUAGUUGCAUCACAGAAUGGAGCGUCCUGUUCUGUCCUUAUCUUCCGUGUUAAUGUUCAAAGAUCUGUUAUUUUUGUGUUUGAAUGUUUGUAUUACUUACUAAGAAAUUAGAGGACAAUGAUCCCUGUGAAACUUGCUGACAUUUUGAGAUUAAGUAAGAGCAUAUUGCACAACGUCCAAUUGCAGCUUUUUGUGUCAUGGUGUUCUUGGGUUCUCUGUUCUAAUAGAACUUCAAGAGACAAGUUUUUGUUGUUAACCCCAGAUGUAAGGCUUAAAAAAUAAAAAAUUGGUUCUCCGCUAAAUAAACAAUUUUGUACAAUUAACCUUGGAAAGGGCCUCCCUACAUAAAUCUAUUCCCUGAUGAGUAAAAUACUGGAAUGCAGUAUUUUACUACCGUUGGACCUAAAAUAUUUGAGGAUUUUCUAUAAAAAAAAUGAAAACGGAAAUAAAAAUGAAACGGGCAGCAAACUUUAUCGUGGUGUGGGUGGUGCCUGAGAACCAAGACUAUUAUUUUUUUUAGCCUAAUGUCAAUGAUUCAUCGUUCGAAACUGGGAGCGUUUCCCUGCAAACUGAUUUGGUUUUGUAGACAUUUUGAAUAGUUCCACAAUCAAUUACAGCUUUUUUUUAAUCUAGUCUCUAAGUAGUGUAUUAUAGCAUUUUCCAAUUGUACAGGUAGUUACCAUGAUUACAUAUUUUAGUGCUGUGUUAUUUCUUUUCUCCGCAACAUACCAAGUGCUUCCUGGAUAGUCUUUGAAUGGCAUUUAGUGAUACACAUAAGGAAAAGAAUUAAUGGAUGUCAAUUUCUUUAUUACCGGUAUAUAUCAUAAUAAAGAAGUUGACAUUCAUAAAUUCUCUUCUUCAUGUGCAUCCUGCUCUCUCACCUGUGCCUUUGCCCGGAGGGAUGGAAGAGUUGCAUGUAUUUCCUAUCAGCUUGAUGAACGUGCUGGUUUUCAGUUGAGUGUCACGCAACUUGGAGCAGGGUUGCAGAACCAGGUGAUAGCGUCUCUCUCCCUCGGGACAACUGGACAUUGAGGCAUUUACAGUAAUGAACAGCCACAGGGGUCAAAAUAAACAGACUAGUAAGAUUCAGGAAGGACUAGUGACAUAUGAGUAAAAAUAAAUAUUAAUUUCGAACCCAGCGCUUCACACAACCAUACGACAGGAAUGAAGUUUUUAUUGAAUAAAAUGAAAUUGUAUGAUUUUCAGACACCAUUAUGAAUGUUUAUGUAGAAAAGAGUGUUGUUUGGUAGUCAAAAAGACAUACAGUGUCAUUAUUUUGAUCAGAGAUACCUGUGGUCUUACUUAGUACUUAUACUAAUUUUCAACUUAAUAAGCAAAUGUUGUUCACUAAGUAUGUAUAGUUUAUUCAAUGUGAAUGGCAUUGCCACAGUGUCACAGGACCAAGAAUAACUCCUAAUGAAAAGCUAAUUGUUUAAUUCAUGACAACUGGUACUGGUCGGCAUGGCUGGUUAGGGUGAGGUGUGUCCACAACUCUCUGAUCACAAUGUUUUGGCAAAUUGCGGAAUAAUCUAUAGACCAUGCUAGGACACACUUGCUAAAUAGGAAGAACAGGGGGUUGUCUAAUCAUAAGAUGAUCCUAACCCUGUGACACUAUGGUAUUACCACAAAAUACUUUUAUCUCUAAUCUUUCUAAUUUCUAUUAACAUUGUCCGUUUUCGAGUGUUCCACUGUGUCUAUAUGCUCAUGUAUUUGACAAUCCCUGCCUCAUCUCGUCAUCACCAGUAUGUAGCAAGUCCCACUCGAGGGCCCUUGUCAUACUUUAGUUGUUUGCUCUCACCUGGUUCAUUCUGUGUCAUAGUGGCAAGAUGGCCCAGUCGUCCUAAGGCGGAGUGAUUCGCUUUGCAGAGUUGCUUCCCUUUGGCACACCAGAAACCUAUGAUUGUGGGUUUGAAUCACAGUCCGCCCUGAUUGUGUUUCUAGGUUUGUCACCA